AAAUAAAAGGAGUGAAUAAAUCAAAUACGAUUAAAUAAAAUCGGAGAUGAUAUUGAGGUGUUGAGAAAGUUCAACUACAGUUCGAAAAGCACCUGAAUUGUUGAACGACUUACAAGAAUCAAAAAAAUAAAAUUUAUGUAGUGCGAUGGAGUUAUGCUGGGCUCAAAAUUGUACGUCUCCAAUCAGUGGACCGUCACCGUUAGUGUUUAGUCAAUUAAUUCAGACAAUAAUUGCAGCACAAUGUAGUCUUGGCAGAAUAGACGAUUAUCCUCCGGAUCGAACACCUGAGAUUGUGGAAAAUUCUGAAGAAUCAUUCGAUUUUAUAAUUGUCGGUGGUGGAUCAGCUGGUUCGGUUUUGGCUGCACGAUUAUCUGAGCAGUCUGAUUGGAAAGUAUUACUAAUAGAAGCUGGAACUUAUCCUUCAGCAAGAACUGACGUCCCACAGUUAUCUUCAGGAGCACAAAGAAAUUCGGAAGAAUAUGAUUAUCCGGCAGAACCACAAGAAAAUUUUUGCUUAGGACAGGUGAAUAAACGUUGUAGACUGGCCACAGGAAAAGGAUUAGGCGGAAGUUCUACUCUCGGUUGUAAUGCAUAUAUUUACGGACAUAAAAUUGAUUACGAUUCUUGGGAAGCGGAAGGUAAUGAAGGUUGGGACUUCGAAAGUGUCCUCCCUUAUUUUAAAAAAUCAUCGAAUUACCCACGAGAAAUAAUUGAGCAAUAUGGUGACAAUUAUCUAGGAACUGAUGGACCUAUGAGCAUUCGAUUGUUGAAUUACACGAGUUCAUCAUCUCCAGAAGCUGUAGUAAAAGCUGUGUCAGAAAUAGGUAUUCCAAAGAUAGAUAUUUUUAAUAUCGGUCGUUCUAUUGGAUUCACAAAAAUUCACGUGACUGUAGAAAACGGAAAACGUGUCAAUGCAGCAAAAGCUUUUUUAUCCCCGAUCAAAAAUAAAAAAAAUUUGUAUGUCAUGACUUCUACAAGAGCUGAUAAAAUUUUAAUAAGCAAUAAAAAGACAACCGGAGUGCGAGUUAUUCUCAAAGAUGGCAAGACGGUCGACAUAAAAGCAUCGAAAGAAGUUAUUCUAUCUGCUGGAGUCAUGGGAUCUCCGAAAUUAUUGAUGUUAUCUGGGAUUGGGCCUAAGAAAGAUUUAGAUGAACUUGAAAUCGAUUGUAUAGCUGAUUUACCAGUUGGUGAAAAUCUUAUCGACCAGCUUAUAUGGCCGGGUUUUUUUUUUGGAAUUCCCAAAUCAAACACAUGUCCAUAA